CGGUGUUGUGUCGAAGUCUGUUACCCCCUCAAUUAAUGUUCCCCUCCUGUCAAAAUUGUGUUUUCCGUAGCACCACUUCCGCGGUUGGGUUUAGGACUUAUGAUUAGAUUAGACGUAGUAGAGCUAACUGGUUGGGGUUUAUGUAAGCUUGGGGUCCGGUUAAACACCCCAGAGGACCACUGGUUGGGUUUAGGAAUAAAGUUAGGUGCAGUUAAAGUUACACUCACCAACACAUUGGAAAAAGUGGCCUAUCUACUGGUGUUUCAUGUUUGCUUUGUGAUGUUCUCCUGGACCUACUGGAAGUCCAUCUUUACCCCUCCUUCAUCACCAUGCAAAAAGUUUCAGCUGUCAUACUCAGACAAGCAAAGAUACGAGAUGGAAGAGAGGCCAGAUGCUCAGAAACAAAUCCUGGUUGAGAUUGCGAAGAAACUGCCCAUCUUCACUCGAGCUCAGUCUGGAGCUAUCAGGUUCUGCGACCGCUGCCAGGUACUGAAGCCUGACCGCUGUCACCACUGCUCAGUUUGUGAAACGUGUGUUUUGAAGAUGGAUCACCACUGUCCCUGGGUGAACAACUGUGUUGGCUUUUCCAACUACAAGUUUUUCCUGCUUUUCCUCUCCUAUUCCAUGCUGUACUGUGUAUUCAUCGCAUCCACAGUCUUUCAGUAUUUCCUCAAAUUCUGGGUGGGAGACUUGCCAAAUGGGCCCGCAAAGUUCCACGUCCUCUUCCUCAUGUUUGUGGCACUCAUGUUCUUCGUCAGUCUCAUGUUCCUCUUUGGUUACCACUGUUGGUUGGUGGCCAAAAACAGAUCCACUUUAGAGGCCUUCUCAGCUCCAGUUUUUGUCAGUGGACCAGACAGAAAUGGCUUCAAUGUUGGCAUACGCAGAAACCUGCGGCAGGUAUUUGGAGAGGAUCGGAGACUGUGGUUCAUCCCUGUCUUCACAAGCCAAGGGAAUGGUCACUACUUCCCCUUGAAGAAUCGCAGUGAAUCCCAGAAUCCCUUAUUAGCUAAUGAGGAGAUGUGGGAGGAGUCAGAUGACGGCUCUGAGGAAGGAAGCUUGGUUGAGGACCACGACCCUUCUGUUACCAUAGAGAUGGAGGAAUAGUAAUUUAAUGUAAGGACAAUUCACACUGGUACAGAAGAUGUAGAUUUCUAUCGCACACACUGUGUUUCAAGAGGCAAAUGCAUUCCAAAUCUCGUGGAUGUUCAGACACUCCGAAAGAAUUGUGAAGAGGGCCAAACGUGUGGAUGAAACCUGCAUUUGGACUGUCAUUGCCGCUCUUACCCUGGUGUUUUACAUAACAAUGAUAAAGAGAAGAACUGGAUGGACAACCAGCAGCAUCACGUCAUCCCCCCUCAUGGAUAGAUGAACGACAGUAUUGUUUGAUUUGGGGGAAAGAAACCCUGAAAACCUGUCAAAUAUCAGCUCACAUAUGUACAAGACAACAAACCAUGGGUGUUACGUUUCUCUCUGGUUGUUCAUCUCAAGGCGUUGGCCUCUAUUAAUUACUGUAAAUUGGGAAGCUUCUAUCUGGCACUGUACUGUUUUUAUAUGCCUCUGUUCCAGUGUUGGGCUGUGAGUUUACAGUGUGUACAGUGUUGCACCUUAGCGCCUGGUCUGUGCUGGGUGGCAUCUAAUUUGACCUCACACUCAUAUUACUCCGGAGGUCUCUUGUAGCGAUUCAGUUGACUGGCCUGAUCAGUUAGGGUCUUGCAGCAUAUUAUCAUAUUUUAUUUUAUUUCCUCGACAAUGCAUAUUAGAAUACCUGACUUAACCUGCGCCUUACAUAUCUAUUUAUAUAUUCCUGUGUUUUUGGGAAUCCAUUUUCUCAAAGAAUGUAUCCAGCACCCUGCUUCCGAGUGCCAACAUUUUAGGCGGCACACAAGAGAACCUAUCAUACGCUUUAAUAGAUAUUUUUCAGCAUUACUACGUAUGUCUGAUCAGACUGGUGACAGUAAUAAAAACAAAACUAGCUUCAGUUCACAGCUACAGCUUAUAUUUUUUUGAGAAAUCAUGCUGAAAUCUCACCCAGAUUAUGUAGAGCUGAGUAAACAUAAUGUUCAUCUUUUUUUUCUUUUUUGGAAUCAUAUCCUGAAUCUACUGGAUAUCAUGUCAUGAAUGCUGUUUUAAAAAAAAUGCAGUGAUCAGUUUGAUAAGUCUGGGAUGUGCAUACGAAACAUACUGUGAUAGACAUUUUUUUUUUUACUAAAUACUUGUCACAAUCUUGUUUCUUACCAUAUCAGCCAUCCCAGAUAUAAUAAUAGUUCUGUGUGGAUGCAAGGAGGCAGGGGAGUGAAGUGAAAAUAGCUUUCGUUAUAGGCACAAAAUAAUACAUAGAGGAGGACACGUGUUCUUCUUUGUCUAUGUUUAGUUUUUGAUCUUUUUAACCAUGCAGUUAACUGUACGCAUUUAUAAUGACUGAUCCUCAUCCACUGGUUGGUAGAGGUCAGUGGUCUUCUGCAAUAUGAUCUAUUUGUUUUUCUACCUGUGUUUAUGUAUUUUGAAAUUUUUAAUACCAAUGAAACAGAUUCUCCUCAGUGGGACUGUUCAUGGUUUGUAUGUUUGUGUAUUUACUCAUUAGAUGUCCGCCGGUACACUUUGUUGAAAACCUUUUCUUUAACCCGUCUGUUCAGUUCCAGGGCGAUUUAAGCCUUUAUGGUGUUUGAUCUUGACACUUUUACUUGCUUCAUCAGAUCUCAUUUUCUAUGUUGGCUCAGCCAAAUCAAAUGCUGCUCUUGUCUGAGAAAUACUUCAAGUCAUCUAUUGAUUAAAGUUGUAUGUUGUUUUUAUGUGAGGUAUGAUUCACAGUGUUUGAAAUCAUUAGGAAAGAUGUCGAUGUUGAGUGUUUCAUGUUGUCUUGUGUCUAUUUAUUGUUAAGAUUUUCUGCUUUUUUCCUGUGUAUUGAGUUUACUGAUUCAUAACUGCUGCAGGCAGUGUCUGUAUAUUUUGUUCCAUCAAGUGACACUUAAAGUAUUGAAGUAACAUGCAUUUAUCAAAUACUUGGACAUUUGUAACACAAGAUGACAAAUGAUACCCAGUAUUUUACAUGACAAGUUUGCAGACAGGAGUUCAGUAUCACUAGAGAGCAAAUGUGGUCCCUUCUUAAAAUGUCUUUGGAGUACGUGACUGUGGCGCUUCCCCUUUUCAGUACCUCUGAACCACCAAAAAUACUGAUAUUGUUUCAUUUGCUGUUCUGUCUGUUAACAAAUAUAAAUCUUUAUUGAUCCAUCAGUUGUAACAUGCAAAAUAAAAUGAUCCAACUUGAACUCUU